CGAUAACAAACCGGGGGAAAUCGGUGCCAGCUGCGACUUGCACCACGCACCGCGCACCGCUACAACCUGUCAUGGUGGGGUUCCUACCGCUACCUUAUCCACUCGCCCACCAUCACCCCGCCUGGAACCUCCGCUCGUGGUGCCAACACCCGACUUGGGGCCUAGAGGUACCCUUAGCUCUAACCUCUACGGGCCUCGAGUGGCAUCUCGACGGAGGAAGAUCCGCUCACCUCCCAACAUCACCUCUUAGCUUCGUUUCCGCUUGGAUUAGGUCCUAUUUGGGCUUCACUUUGGCCGAACGUCUUGACUACUCUUUCGCCGGGCAUAGUUACUCGGUAUCUUCGAGACCCAUGACAGGUCGUUUUCAUGGUUCUUGCGAUGACACAUCUUCCAGGCUGCCGCUUCAGGCGCAAAAUCUUGAACCACUUCAUCCACCCGUCACCCAGGCUGAAGCAAGGUACCAACUUAAACGUCCAAGUCGUCCAAUGUGGAAAGCUCAAGUGACUUCGGCCCGCUUGCGGCAUAAGAAAAAGGCCAAACAGGUUCGCCACGUACCACGACCCGACGCCUCACAACAAAAUCCAAUAAUUGCGUGAGUAAUCCAGUCACGGCUCGGCGGGGGAAGAAAGCUUCAACUUCGACCUUGGGUGUGCGAGGCCCGCAUGUCUCCCGAAUGUUUCACAUUUUUGCCGUCUUUCUUAUCUUCCCAUCGAAGCUCAGCGGGGAUGCUGCGACUAAGAAUCCCAUGUCUUAGCCGAUGAAAAGGGUGUGUGGCUGCAAUGCUAUUUGAAUGUGGCUCAUGCGCGAGUACUGAUAAGGGGCGGUGCAAAUUCAAUAUCCGCUUCCUCGGCCCUCUGGACUAGCCAGGUAUCAUCUCUGAUGUGAGUGUGAGAAGUCAAGGGGAUUAUAGAUGUUAUCACAGCCAUUACACCAUGGUAAUUUCGAAGCCAAGGCACUUUGGACUAAAGUAGCCAGAUUUUGCGAUUGAUAUGAGAACUCAAAAAUCACUAUGCAAAGUAUAUAUGCUCUCGA